AUGGAGGAUUGCGGGACGGGAUUCCGCAAAGAUCCCGCGCGGGAUCCCUCCCGUACCGACCUCUAUUUUACACACACCCACUUAUUUUCAUUAUUUCUUGUUUUAUUUUUAAUUUCCUUUGUAUGCUUCCACAUUUUUCUAGAUAAAAAAAACUUAAAAAUGUCUUCAAGAAAACCAACUCUAAAGCUUCCUCGUAAUUACGAAAUUGCACCGGGCGUUCUUCGUUUCUCAAAAGCUCGAAUGUUUCACAAACGCGGACUUUGGGAAAAGCUUAAAAAGCCUUAUCAGAAGCAAGAAAAAAAAGUUGAGGCAAAGGAGAAAUUCAUUGUUAAGAAAAUUGGAGGGGACAAAAAUGGAGGAGAAAGGAAGAUUCUUGUCCAAAAGCCACCUAAACUUCUUUCUCAAGUUCCUCAACUUCUUAAACGCAACAAACGCAAGACAAAAAAGGUUCCUCUUCGCAAGUCAAUUACUCCUGGGACUGUUUUGAUUAUUCUGGUUGGUCGUCAUCGUGGGAAACGUGUUGUCUUUUUGAAGCAAUUGGAAAAGUCUGGACUUUUACUUGUUACUGGCCCACUUAAAUUGAAUGCUUGUCCACUUCGCCGUAUUUCACAAUCUUUUGUUAUUGCUACCAGUACUAAAAUUGACAUCGGCAAGGUUGAGGUUCCCGUUCACGUUGAUGAUGCUUACUUCAAACGAAAGACUGGCAAGGUGGCUGACAAAUCAAAGGGUGGAAUUUUUGCUGAUGGUGCUAAACAGAAGUAUGAGGUUACCGAGCAGCGAAAAACGGAUCAGAAAGCUGUUGAUGCGGGUGUUUUGGACGCUAUCCGUGCUCAUCCUGAAAAGAAAUAUCUUUUUGGCUAUCUUGGUUCUCGUUUCCAUUUAGCUAAAGGGAUGUAUCCACAUAAGAUGAAUUUUUAA